UCAGCCCGGAUUGGUAUUUACUACAACCAGAGGCUACGGAAAACUACAACAUUGUGUCGGGACGACAGUCAUAAGAUCUCCUCUGCUAACAUGUUGGUGGAGACGUUGAAAGUGCUGGUGCUGUCCCUGUGGUACAACCUGGAGGCCUUCAUCCACUGCUUCCUGCCCAGGAGGAGGAAGGACAUAUCGGGCGAGGUGGUUCUGAUCACGGGUGCGGGGCAAGGGAUCGGUCGCCUCAUGGCGCAGGAGUUUGCCGCCAGGAGCACGGUGGUGGUCUUGUGGGACAUCAACCAGGACGGCAUGAAGGAGACGGCGCAGUUAGCCAAGCAGAGUGGCGCUCUUAGCGUUCACCACUAUCUCUGCGACUGCAGCGACAAGAACGAAGUCUAUCGAGUCGCAGACCAGGUGAAGCGGGAGGUGGGCGAUGUUAGCAUCCUGGUGAACAACGCCGGCAUCGUGACGGGAAAGAAGUUCAUCGAUUCUCCUGAUUCGCUGAUCGAGAAGACCAUGGAGGUCAACACCAUGGCACACUUCUGGACCUACAAGGCCUUCCUUCCCGCCAUGAUCGCUAACAACCACGGUCAUCUGGUUAGCAUCGCUAGCGCCGCAGGACUCGUAAGUUGCAACGGAUUGGCAGACUACUGUGCCAGCAAGUUUGCGGCGGUGGGCUUUGCAGAGUCGGUGGGUCUGGAGAUGCUGGCGACCGGCAAAGACGGAGUGAAGACCACCAUCGUGUGUCCAUACUUCAUCAACACUGGCAUGUUUGAUGGCUGCCAAACCAAGUGGCCGAGACUUCUCCCCAUGCUGGAUCCAAGUUAUGUUGCCAAGAAGAUCCUGCAGGCGGUCCUGACAGACCAGGUCUUCCUCCUGCUGCCCAAGACCAUGUACCUCAUCGCCGCUCUCAAGAACAUCCUGCCCAUGAAGCAAGGCAUCCUGCUGGGUCACUACCUGGGGGUCUUCAACGUCAUGGACAACUUCAAGGGGAAGAACAAAAAGCAGGCGUGAUUUAAAAAAAAAAAGUGGUAAAAGUGAGGCGAGAGUAUCAAAGGAGAGGAGAGUGGAAGGUAAUAACUCUACUUUCUUCUCGCCCACUUCCUGCAUGACAUUUCAAAGUGGGACUCUCCUUGUUUAUGAGGAGUAAUCACUAAUCACCUUCUUCUUCUUCCUACCUCAAUUUAUUCCCAAUCAUCAUUCCACUCGUCAUACACGUCUCCUUGUCGCCCGCGUGAAGUCGGAACCCCAAACUCGUCAUUAACAUUCUACACUUUUCUGUUAUUAACGUGUUAUUAUUCAUGUAUAAAAACUAUAAUAGACAAAAAAUGUUUGCAUCACAAAC